CUCCGAAAAGGGGGAGGCCCGGCGCCUGACGCUCACCGGCCACUAUGCCUCGGGCAUUCCUUAUCACCAACAAGCGCUACAAUUCGACUGUCGACCACGACGACGACCACCAACACCGGCCUGCCGGAGGUGCCAGAGAGAACAGUCCCGAGCGCUGUGUGAGCACCGCGGAGGCACCUGCCGAUCACGAGGCGGAACCAUCAUCGCGCGUCCCGGAGGUGACAGUCCAGGGCUGCUGGUCCUCUUGGAAACCGGCCAGCCCGACGUCUCCUGCCAGCCUCUCGCGGACUGCCACACCUACCGCAUCCGAAGAGCCGCUCAGCUUGACGGUGCAUGAUGCGCAACCACAACUCUCGUCUGCUGCCGCUUCGGCGAGCAUACUCGCCGCAGUACUGCAGCAAGUCCGAACUCUUCAGGAAAUUAAGCCACCGAUCGCAAGGGCCACCAGUAUCGGAGCCGGUGAACCAUAUUACGCGUGCCCCGAGUGCGGCAAACGGUACAGCACCUCGAGCAACCUGGCCCGACACCGGCAGACACACCGCAGCGUGACAGACAAAAAGGCGCGCCAGUGCCCGCACUGUUCCAAGGUGUACGUGUCCAUGCCGGCCUUCUCGAUGCACGUGCGGACGCACGGCCAGGGCUGCCAGUGCCCCUUCUGCGGCAAGUGCUUUUCUCGACCCUGGCUGCUGCAGGGUCACAUCCGCACGCACACCGGAGAAAAGCCAUUCAAGUGCUCCCAGUGCCCUAAGGCGUUCGCAGACAAGUCCAACCUUCGCGCCCACGUCCAGACCCACUCGCCUACGAAGCCGUUCGUGUGUCCUCGCUGCGGGAAGGCGUUCGCGCUCAAGAGUUAUCUUUACAAGCACGAAGAGUCAUCAUGCAUGAGGGUCCGUGCCGCGGCUCCGACCCCGCCGGCGUCCAAUACGGAAACCGAAGUCUGA